GGCCAGAGCCACCCGGGCGCGUGGGCACCCGGGCGGUAUGGGAUCCCGGCGGGGGCGGCCGGCGCUGCGGCUCCUGGCGUUCUGCCUGGCCCUGGGGGGCUGCGUGCGUGGGGUCCGGGGGGACGAGGACCCCCGGGAGCCGUCCGCGCUGUCGGCCACGUCGCCGGAGUUGGACGAAGAGGAGACCCACUCGGGCCACAUGCCCCGACACCUGCGCUGUGACGCCUGCCGGGCCGUCGCCUUCCAGAUGAACGACCACCUUACCCGGGCAGAAGCCAAACGAUCCUCCAAGAGACGCGGAGAGGCAGAGCUGAGUGAGUCCGAAUACACGGACGUCCUGGAGAGCAGUUGUUCGCAACGCUGGCAACAGUACGGCGUCCAGCAAGUGGACGACGCGAAGCGGCUUACGGGCCCCGGUCUGGACAGCAGGCCGGGUGUCAGCGUCAUGGUGUCCGGAGGCCCUUGGCCCGCCAGGCUGUUCAAGAUGUGCCAGCAGUACCUGGGCGAGCUGGGCGAGGAGCAGAUUUACCGGGAGCACCGGCGCGGGGCGGGGGCCCUGGAGACCCUGCUGUGCCAGGCCCCGGGGGCCGUGUGCGCCACCCCUGACCCGGGCCAAGGGCCUGUCCGUGCCCGCCAACGGGAGUCCCGCCGGGAGCUGUAGCCGGCGCCCGCCAGCCGGGCCCGGGAGCGGCCCGAGCGACCGCCUCCCUUUCCCCGGCCGACACCCCCCGCCCCGUCGUUCAUUCUUUCGUUCGUUCGAUUCGAUCGCAUUUAUUGAGCCCUUACUGUGU